CGGCCGACUAGCGACAUGUCCGAAUAUAUGACUCAGAGGACCUAUAAAGCUCCAAUUUCUGUCAUUACAAAGCACCAUUUACCAUGGCACACGAGCCUCCUACCUCGUUCGUCGACUGGGAUCGCUCUGAUAAAUACCACAAUUCUUAUCUAUUGCAGAAGGAUAACACCCUCGAAGCUAAUAUCAAGAAUAGUAUCGCGAAAGGGCUGCCAGAUAUCGCCGUCAGUGCUGCGCAGGGACAGUUCUUGAAUCUUUUGGCGAAGACCAUCGGCGCGAAGAGGAUUCUGGAAGUCGGGACCCUUGGAGGGUAUUCGACCACAUGGCUUGCGAGAUCGCUUCCUGAAGGAGGAGAGUUGGUUACUUUUGAAUUGAAAGAGCUCCACGCGCAGGUUGCGGCAGAAAACCUCACAAAGUCCGGCGUAGCCUCUCAAGUCAAGAUUGUUCUUGGUCCUGCCUCGGAAUCUUUGGCCAAGGUUCCUUCUGAACCCAAGUCUGAUCUCGCCUUCAUCGAUGCGGACAAGGCCUCUAUACUGCAGUAUUUCACUGAGGCCAAGCGUCUCGUGCGACCGGGAGGGGUUAUAAUUGUAGAUAACGUCGUCCGUAAUGGACGAGUAGCGGAUCCAUCUUACUCGGAUGGGAGUGUGGAUGGUGUACGAAAACUGCUCGCUGCUUUACCCGGAGAUAACGGGGUGGAGGCGAUUACGAUGGGAACUGUUGGGGAGAAGGGCUAUGAUGGGUUUUUGUAUGCAAUCAGGAAGUGAAGGAAGUGAACUGUUGAGAUUACAGCGUAUCUUUGUCGAUGCGGUUCUAAUGGCACACAUGUAGGGGAAACGUAAGAUGUGUUUUUACUGUAUCUAUGAAGAAAUUGUCCUAUUUCAAGAGCAGACGAGAGUUUACUCAGGCUCGUACGAAUCCGUUCUUCUAUUUCAUGGUACCUUGUUGCUGUCUCGG